AUGACUGAUACACGAACCCUUUCUUCAUCUUCGUCUUCAAUAACAAAUCAUGUUAAUGGUACAAAUACAGUUUCAUCAGCACCUUCUGAUGUAAACAAUGUCAACGGUUUAACAGAAUAUGUGAAUACAAUAUUUCGUCAAAUGGAAGAAAAAUUUCAUACUGCAAGCGAUCAAGUAAUGAACCGUAUGAACGAAUUAGGUAGAAAAAUUGAUACACUGGAAUCAAGUCUUGGUGAUAUUAUUUCACAUAUUCCAUCGGAAGAAUCAGCAACAACAGGAUCACCACAAUCUGUAACAGCAACAACUGCACAACAAUGA